AUUAUUGAGGUUUAUCAAAAGUAUCAGUCAGCAGAGGGCGCUGUUGUACCAAGCAAGACAUUAUAACCCAGUUCCUCAAGUUCCUCAGUGCACUUUUAUUCAUCAUUUUCAUGCUUCCCCCUAACAAAGAUUAGGAAGCACUUGCACAUUUUCUAAUAUAUCCAUGGUGAUGAAAUGUAACCCGAUUGUCAACAUCUGUUCAGGUCAUUUCUAUCAUUUUUAGGAUUUUGAUAUGAAAAGUAUAUCAAAAAAAAAAUGUAUCAUUGAAAAUUGGCAUUUUCAUCGAUAUGAAAUGAAUUUGAAUUUUCACUGGCCCAAAACUAAAGAUUUAGUUUUAGCCAGUGACUAGGCUAAAGCUAACUAGCCAAGUCAUUGACAUUUUCAUGUUUUUCUUUUAAUGUGACGAUUAAGAGCUUUCAUUGUUCUCUUGAUACACUUAUAGAACCUAAUUAUUUAUUUUCUUUUCUCUGAAGAACUACACAUUAUCAUAUUUCCCAAUGGUUCUAUGCAAAUAUGUCUUUGCCUUCUUUUGUGUACAAGAAAAACACUGCUGUUGCCUUGCGUCACAAGUGAGCGUUAGCAUGGGUGUAUGGAAAGCUCAUACGCUCACCUGUGGGUGUGUUGCUCUCUGUAAAUACUUUUCAUCACAGAAUAUUCUACACAUUCUUUUAUGGUCUCCAGUAGACCUCAUCAGGCAUGAAGCCUUUGACAGACCCAACUUUUUGUCCUCACUUGGUGAAAGCUAACCUAACUUAAAGCGAGUCAUUUACUUCAGGAGCCCCUAAAUAUACACAUUUUCUUGUUCUAUUUAUCUAGACCCGGAUUUGACUUAAAUUUAAUUCCACACGUUUCCAAACUGAAUGGAAACUCAGACGCAGUUAACUGGGUGUAGAGCAGCCGGCCUACCUCAGUGGGAGUGGUUUAGCUCAGGAGGCAAAAACUUCAAAAGCCAAAUUAAAUAGUCAUAUGAGUGACAGAGAAACAGGUAGAGCAAGUUAUCUUUUUUUUUAUUCAGCUUUAGUUGGUAAGCACAAUGUUUGCUCUAAAUGGAGAAGAAAAUAUGGACACAUCCGACACUCUGUGGCAUUGGUAUUACCAGGCAGAUUGUGGGAGGUGGCACAGGUUUGAGGUAAACUUUUAUCUCAUUUUUUUUAAGAGUUAUUGUUUGAUCAAUACGGUAAUGUUCUUCUUUUUGCUCUUCAGGAUGAUGCCAGUAAUCGUGUAAGGAGCGAGGAUAUAGAGAAAUUUUAUUUGAAUGACGAAUCCUUUAUGGUUGUAGAUGCCGGCAGCUAUGUGAGCAAAAUAGAUUUUUCAGUGAUGUUGCAGACGGACCUCACCACAGGAAAACAAAGAAGAAUCCAGCGCAACUUUAAUCUUGAGAAUAGACUUUGCUCCUUCCACAGAUGCUCCUGUUUCUGUGCUCCACCUGUUACCUGGGAACAUUUCGAUGCUACAGCUCCUUACCAGCUGAUCCCGCUGGAUAGACGCACCCCAGAGUAUCAGGAUGUGGCUCAUUAUGCGACACACAAUGGACUCCUGAAUGAGACCAUCGUAUCAAUAACAAGGAUACAAAACUUGGACCUCUGGGAAAUGUAUUGCAGAAAAAAGAAACAACUGAUGAGGCUUAAGGGAACCAACAGCAUUCAAGAAAGACGGCUUUUCCACGGCACUGACAGUGAAAAUAUUGCCAGCAUUUGCACAAAUAAUUUUGAUUUACGGUUGGCUGGUCAGCAUGGGAAACUUUAUGGCAAAGGGAUAUAUUUUACCACUUAUGCAUUCUUUGCAAACGCGUACAGUACCACCACUAGAGCUCCGACAAAUGGUAAACUCACUAAAGUGAUCUUUCUUGCUCGGGUGAUGGUUGGGAAGUCGAAACCUGGAGAGAUUUAUUUCUGUAAACCAGAUCAUGGAAGUCUUGAAAAUGUUCACGACAGCUGUGUGGAUGAUCUCGACGAUCCCAUGAUAUUCAUCAUAUUUGAUCCAAAUCAGAUAUAUCCGGAAUAUCUUAUUGAGUAUGAACUUUAGUCUGUUUAGGAGAAAAGCUGCACACAUUUCAUUUGAAGCCCAGAUUGAAUCAUUUACAGUGGAGACUGUUUGUUUUAUAACUAAUUUAUUAUAUACAUGGGGUUUUUUGUAUUUGCUUCAGAAGUUUUUGAUUUUACAAAAUGUUACAAUCACAAAAUGAAGAUUUAGGUAUUCGGAGAUUCAAAAGAAAACUCUGUUGCAGAGCCGCAUCAAUGCUUCUUCAUUCCUGUUUUAACCUCGUUUGAUCCAUUAACGUCUGGAGGAAACAUGCAGAUGCAUAUUUAUAUUAUAAGUCAUUAACCUGAAUUAUUAUCAAUCUUCUUGUCAUUUAUUUAUUUUAAGCUUUCUGAAGUAUUAGGUAGAUCCUGGCCUCUACCAAAAAUCAUAAGUAGAAGGAUUUUGCAGAUUUCCUAUUCCAGCGUCUGACAAUUCCACAAAUCAGAAGCUUAAGCUCCAACAUGCUGUACAGUCUUUUAAUGCUUUUCUACUGCUGACAGGUGAAAACAAUAAAGGCUCCAAAGGAAGUAAUGAGAGUCAAACAGCAGAAAACACUAAAGCUUAAACUUCUCCACUUCAGUUUAUAGCAGUAAUUACUCUGAAGAAUAAAAGGAUAUUCUGUAAAAAUCAAUCUUUGUAUGUAUAGAGAGAUUUUUCAGCAUAAAUGUGUGUUUGAUUAGUAGUAGUAUGGUAAUUGAAACCCCUGAGGGGAGAAGGGAAUUGCAAUCUGAAAUAAUAUUAGAAAAAGAUUAGAAAAGUUACCACCCUGCUAGCUAAAAUGAUUAAAUAUUUCAAAAGUAGAGUUUGAUGUAAGUUCGUAUCUGAUUGAUACCUUAGAAUUAAAUGUAAAAACGAGGCGUAAAAAUAAAUCAAAUUAGAUGGACUUCAUAAAAACUGCCAGCAGAGGGCGCUGUUGCAUCAAGAAGGAGCUGUGCAUAAACGUAUAUCGCCAAAUCUAAAAUCUCAUUCACUUUUAUAAGCAAAUAUCAGAAACUAUGUAUGAGACUUUAUUUAUUUAUUCUUAUCAUAUGCCACAGAAAUUAAAAAAAA